UUUCUUCAACACGCAACAAAUGUUUUUGUUGCGUGACAAGUUGAUUGGGCAAGGUGAAAUACGCGAAACAUCGACCCAAAAGUUGCAACAAAACAAUGUUGUGUGACAAGUUUAGGGUUUUUGUAUCUCAUAUCUCACCUCCGUAACACUGAAAGCAGGUGUAACAUGAAAAAGAAAGAAGGGAGAAGGACAAGGGAACAGGGGGAUAGACUGUGAUAGAUUGGUAUCCUGUCCAAGGGGAAUGAAAAAUACUCCUGGUCACUUCAUGUUAUAGAAAGCAGGAUAAAGCACUGGGAAAAAAUAUGAGCCCUCUAACUGCCCAGAAACUCUGGAAUGAGUUUUGUCAUUAAUGUGUGGGGUUAUAGCACAAAUGGUAGGGAUCAAGGACUAGGUUUCCCAAGGGUUUCCUCUUUCCUGAAAAUGCAUUUCCCCAGUAUUUUGUAACAUUUUUAUUUUGCUAGUUUUUCAAUAUUGGUUUUCAGUGAAAGUGGUCUGCAAUAGCAACAAACAAGUGAAGGGAGAAAACCCUUAAAAAUAAACAUGAUAGUUUUGUUUUAUGAAAGUCUGUUUGAAUAAUAUUAGACCUUUUUCCAUUUUUUAAAUUGAAGUAAGCCAAGUGAAAACCGAGCUACCAACACAAAAGAACUGUCCAAAUAUGCUGUCACCUAUGAAUGAUAAUGGUACAUGUGUCUUCAGUGACCACUGCAGCAAAGUCGUAUGCACAUCGCCGCCAGACGUUGAUACUGGGCCAAUUAGCCAUAUGGCUGUACAAGCCUUGGUAUGCAAUCAAUCAGUGAAAGCCAAUGUUAGCUUGGAGUCAUCUUCAGUGAAGUGGUCGCAUACAUUUAAAGAUGGCGAGAAAGUUGCUCUGCCGGAUGCCAUGAAACCAUCUGAUGCCCCUGCCAGUAUGAAACAAUUCUUGAUAGUUGAAUUGGAGAAACAUGGUCCAUACAACACGGACGUCCACUUUAAGUUAGUGCUAAUGUUUGAUUUUGGAUAUAUGAAUUACAACACCACUUUCCUUGAAGGAAAUUUAGAGGCUGCUGAAUGUGAAUGCCAUGUGACUGUGUUUCCAACACCAAUGAUAUCUGGUGGGGAUGAAGAGGACUGUCCAGAUAUUCAAUUGCCAGAUGGCAGCGAUGGCACAUGCUACCUCGAUAACCAUUGCAGCAAAGUCACAUGUUUGUCGCCGCCAGACAGUACUGGGCCAUUUAGCCACAUGGUCUUGACUGUACAAGCUUAUGGAUGCCAUCAUCAACCAGUGAAAGCCAAAGUUAGUUUGGAGUCAUCCUCAGUGAAGUGGUCGCAUACAUUUAAAGAUGGUGAGAAAGCUACAAUGCCUGACAAUAUGAAACCACCUGAUGUUCCUGCUGAUAUGAAAAUAUUCCUUGAGAUGGAAUUGAAGAAAAAUGGUGGCAAAGUUCACUUCAAGUUAUUGCUAUUGUUUGAGUCAACAUUACUUGCACCCUACAAUGUCACUUUCCUUGAAGGAGAUUUACAUACUUGGACCAAAUGCACUGAUGAAGGUGAAAAUGAUAAUUCAAAACAAUGCUCGGCUGUGAAUUUCAUGCCAGGUCUUUCCCAGGAUGACAAAGAUAAAUUUUCUACAUUUAAAUGUGUUUCCAGCAAUCAGUGCAGCAAGGUGACAUGUGUUGAAGCAUCAGCAGAUCACAUAUUAACAGUUGGGUUUGAAGUAAACAAAUGCAGACAGCCACUGAGUGGGAACGUGACACUAAAACAACCAGAUAUGUUGGACUGGUCACAUUCCCUUGGAGAUGGAGAAAAAGCAAAGUUACCAGUUGUGCCAGGUGCUUUUACUGGUCAGCUGCAAGUGUUCAAUGCUUCCUUGUUUAUAAAAGUUGGGCUUCAGGAGAUGAAAGGAAACAAAGUUAAUUUUACAGUGUCAAUGGUUGGUCAGAUAACCAUUGGUGGUGAAACUGGUCCAGUGAAUGUUACGCUAUUGGAAGGAGAGUUAGCCAUACCAUCUGAUGACUGUGGUAUGGCUUUGGGCUCAUGGUUCAGUAGACAGUCCAGUGGAGUCAAAGCUGCUGUGAUCAUUAUCCCACUACUUGUGGUGACAUUGCUGGUCUUUGUUCUCACCUUGCUUUGCUUUAAAAAGCGUCGAGAUGGGAAGCGUUUCCUGGUGGAUAUUUUCCCUGGCAGAGACAAGAUCGGGAUGGAACGACUUUCCGAUGAGCUUUAAAGCUUGCAUACUAUUUUGAAAUUCCUUUGCCACAUGUAAGCAUACACAGUGCAGAUAUUGUAGAGUGGGAACUAUUACACAAUAGUUAAUUUGUUAGUGGAACGACAGAAUGCUAGUUUAACCAGGUUUAAGUACACUGAUAUUAACAAUGGAGAGAUGUAAACACGUAAGAAAGAUGUAGAACUUUAUGUAUAGCCUUGGUGAACAAGCAUGUCUCUCUGGUCAUCUGUUGAGUCCCCAGUAAUCUGUUCUGUGAGACUGGAACAAUAAAAAAAUCCCUCAUGGCCAUAGACAGGGUGUUGGUGUACAUGUAAGGCUAGGCUGUGAACAGGCUCCAGGUGGAGGGGUCUGAGCACAGCUGGAAGGGCCAAGUGAAAACUGGCUAAGAAUAAGUGGCCAAGGGGAAAAUGGGGUGGGAGUUGGGGCCACAACUCUCUCUCUCUCUCCCUUUCUCUCUAUUCUCUCCUCUUCCAUUACCCACUUUCUCUUCACCCCAUCCUUGACUAGAGAGUCUGUUCAUAGGCUAAUGUAACACUAAAAAACAUAAUGCGGUAUAAAAAUCAGGGGUAGCUAUAUUGAACGUAGCUCUGCAUGGAUGUUGGUUAAUCUUUGAAUCUUUGAAUUUUCAUGGCAAGUAACAACAGUGCCUUUUUAGUCGGACUAAACGUUUAUUGGAUGAGCACACGUCAACUUUGUAAACUUGCUACGGCUGUUACCAUUGGGAUGGGUUACUUUUGCAAAAAGUUAUACAUUUUUUGUGACUUAGGACCAUGAAUUGCAGUGGGAUGUGCUUAGUGGUCUGCAUAGGUGUGUGUGAGUGGGGAGUUCUUAAUGUCUAUUUAUCGUCAAGUUUAAAGCCGUAUUAAUUUACUAAUAUAUAACAUUGUGCAGUUUCAGAAAGUAUUGACACCUCCCCCACAGAUGGGAUUGGAAUUUCCUGGGGUGGGAGGUUUUGUAAAACUAAAAAAUUUAAAGAAAUGUAUGAAGCUUUAUUGGAAU